CCGCUGGAGCCCAUCCCGGAGACGGAAGGAGGUGGCGACGCGGCGUCCUGCUGACCCCGGCCUUGGGGCUCGGGGGUCCGGACCGAGCACCCCCCCGGCCGCAGGGACCGGGACAAGGGAGCCCCAGCCAGCCCAGGGACGGGCAGCUGCCCUCCCGCAGGCUCGACGUGCGUGGAGGGACGUUUGCGGGGCCGCUGCCCGCGUUCUGCCGCACCGAGGGGCUGCGGCGGGACCCGGCGGGGAGAUCGGGGAGGGGUGUCCCCGUUCCCCCUUGUCCUCCCCACCCCGAGCUCCCCAGGGACUCAUCCAUCCUCUCCACCCUUCUCCAUCCGCUUCUGGAGCAAGCGUCCUGCCGCGGGGCCGGUGGGGACGUUGGCACCUCGGUGCCCGUUGUGCAUGUGCCCCCCAGCCCACUGUGCCCGAUCCCCCUUGUAAAAGCAGCCCCGGAGCUGGGGGGCUGCCCCUGUCCAGGGGGGGGGUUGCCUUCGCCAGCCCUUGCCCGGUGGGAAGGGUCCUGCCCGGUCCCUGUCCCCUCUCUGUGGGGCAGCGGGGUCCCUUCCCCUCCCUGGCGCCCCCCAGCCCCCCGCUGUGCAGAGGGGCCGGGUGUCUCUGGGGUGCAGCGGGGUGGGGGUGACUCCUCAGACCCCCCCGGGCAGAGGAUGUGGCUUCUGACACCAGGGAAACGUCGGGGCUCGUCCCCCCGGGGCACGGGGGUCCCGGCGGGUUUGGGGUCGGACCGGGGCUGCGGAGCGUUAUAAAGAGUGCGAGAGCCAGCCCGGCGCCCUGCUGCUCCCUCCCUGGCGGGAUGGGGGUCACCAAAGGGGGGCGGAGGGUGGCACUGGGGUCUCUGCGCCCCCAUCCCUCCCCUGGCACCGGGCGAGCGCAGGGUGACGGCUUCCCGCGUCACGGAGGCUGCGGCUGCCGGUGCCCCUUUGUUCGGGGAGGUAAUUAGCUUAAUGGGGCCGCCAGGAGCGGUCCGACACCUCCCCAGCGCUGCCCUUCAGCCCCUUUGUGCCGGAUGGCCCGCGGGACCCGUGGGCAAUUAGGGGCCUCAUUAGUGCCACGCGCCCCGACCACCGCAUCCGACCCGCCGGCUCCCGCACAAUGAGGAGCUGCAAAUGAGGGGAAAAGCCUGGCCAGUCUCCGGGCUACCGGUCGCAACCAGCCCCGGUCUCCCGGAGACCGGCCGCUCCCGCCCGGCCCCCGACGGUAUUUUUGGUCACGCCAUUGUGCCGGGCCCUAUAAAGCGGCGGCGGCGGCGGGACGGUGCGGGGCUCUGUGCGGGACAUGCCCCAGCGCCGCUCGGCCGCCUGAAGACCCCGGGAAGGAUGGAGGUGCCCAGCGCCAAGCUCCCGCGGGCUGCGGGUCUCCUCCUGCUGCUCCUGCUCCUGCUGGGGUCCCUGGCCGCCUCCCGGCAGAGCCCCCCCGAGUGCUGCCGGCAGAAGACCUGCUCCUGCCGCGUCUACGACCUCCUGCACGGCAUGGGCAACCACGCCGCGGGCAUCCUCACCUUGGGCAAGAGGAAGAGCAUCCCUCCAGCUUUCCAGAGCCGGCUCUACCGCCUGCUUCACGGCUCCGGUAACCACGCCGCGGGCAUCCUCACCAUGGGCAAACGCGGGGAGCCCCCCGGCAUCUCCUGCCACGGAGCCUCGGGUUGCCCCGCGGAUCCCCCGCCCACAUCGGAGCUGCGGGGCCCGGCCGCCAGCCCCACGGAGUGCCAGGGACACUCGGGGAAGGAUGUGACCAAGAGCCAGGCCCAGGGAGCCGCCAAGAGCUUUUACUGAGCGGGAUGGGAGCGGAGAGAGGUGGGGGGGGGAUCCCUGGGGGGACGGACCCCCGGAGCUGGGUGUAAAUAGCACUUUUAGAUACCUCCUCCCGGCCCCGGCCUGCGCAGGGCACCGCAGGCACCGCUGGCCUUUUACAAUAAAUGGUAGCCUGA